AUGGAUUAUGUAGUCAUUGUAGGUGGAUUACUACUUGCCUGGACUUUGCUUCAAUGGGUAGCAAUAAGCAAGAGAGGUAACAAAAACCUUCCACCAGGGCCAAUUCCCCUUCCAUUGAUUGGAAAUUUGCAUAAUAUUCUUGGCGAUCAACCUCACAAGUCACUUGCCAGGCUUGCCCAAAAAUAUGGCCCAAUGAUGGGCCUCAGGAUGGGGCAAAUAACGACAGUGGUAAUAUCUUCAUCAGCCGUGGCAAAACAAGUCUUACAAAAACAAGAUUUGUCCUUCUCCAGCAGAACAAUUCCAGAUGCAAUCCGUACCAAUAAUCACCAUCACCUCUCUGUGGUGUUUCUACCUGUUUGCUCUCUAUGGAGAAGUAUGAGGAAAAUCUUGAAUUCUAAUCUCUUCUCUGGCAACAAGCUUGACGCAACUCAGCUUCUCAGGUCCCAAAAGAUGCAAGAUUUUAUUACUUAUUGCGGCAAGUGUAGCCAAACUGGCGAGUCAGUGAAUAUAGGCCAAGCUGCUUUCGAGACCAUGCUUAAUUUACUUUCCAAUACCUUUUUUUCCAAGGAUGUAGUGGACCCUUAUGGAAAUUCAGGUAAAGAAUUUGAGGAUGUAGUCUGGGACGUCAUGGAAGAAUCUGGUAAGCCCAAUUUCGCCGAUUAUUUCCCCCUCUUGAAAAGGAUUGAUCCUCAAGGGAUAAGGCGACGCAUAGGCAAGCAUUCUGAUAAGUUGCUACAGCUGAUUGGGGGAUUGAUCGAUGAACGAUUGGAGCAAAGGAGGCAAUCGCCAAAUGGCGGUAGAACAGAUUUUCUUGAAGUUAUGUUAAAUACUAGCGAAGAAGAUCCGCAGGCAUUCGACAGAAAUCAUAUAGAACACUUGUGCCUGGACCUUUUUAUUGCGGGAACGGAUACAACUUCAAGUACAUUAGAAUGGGCAAUGGUAGAGGUCAUGAGAAAACCAUACAUAAUGAAUAAAGCUAAAAGCGAGUUUGCAGAUGUUAUUGGCAAAGGCAAGAUAAUCGAAGAAGGCGAUAUUGGUCGUCUCCCUUAUUUGCAGUGCAUAGUGAAAGAAACCUUGCGGAUGCACCCUCCAGUACCUUUUUUGAUUCGCAAGGUCGAUCAGGAAGUCGAGGCGUGUGGCUAUUUUGUCCCGAAAAACUCUCAGGUGUUAGUGAACGUAUGGUCAAUAGGUCGUGAUCCAGCUACAUGGGAGGAUCCUCUGACAUUUAAGCCUGAGAGAUUUUGGGAUUUGAAAAUGAAUGUUCGUGGCCAAGAUUUUGAACUCAUUCCAUUUGGUGCUGGUAGAAGAAUUUGCCCGGGAUUAACUUUGGCGACAGCGAAACUAUGUACAAUGUUGGGUUCGUUGUUGAAUUCAUUUGAUUGGAAAGCUGAAGGCGAUAUUGCAGCAGAAGAUUUGGAUGUAGAAGAAAAGUUUGGUCUUACACUAGCGAGAGCACGUCCUUUACGAGCUAUACCUAUUUCGCUUUAAACGUUGGCAUGUAAUAAUGUUAUUAUUGUGAAGACAUGAGUUAGUUUAGAAUUUUUUUUCCCUCCAAAUGUUGUUAUUGUUGUGUUCUUCUCUCUUUUAAAUAAGGGUA